CGAAGCACCGCAUUCCAUACGAUGCCGUUCCUGCACGUGACCUUGCGCGGCGCCACGGACCUUCCGUCCAGCGACUUCAGCCUUGUGGGCGGCAAGAGCGAUCCGUACGUGAUCUUCAAGCUCAACGGCACCAAACACCGCAGUCCUUGUCUGAAGAACACGCUAAACCCAGUGUGGGACCCUCCGGAGCACUACGUGUUCCCCGUUCCUGACGCUGCCAGCGCUGUUCUUAACGUGGAGGUCUACGACAUGGACACACUGAACCCGGACGAUCUACUGGGUACGCUUGUGGUGCCUGUGGCCAAAUUUGCGGAUGAAAUGGAGGUGUCAACGCUCGAGAACUACCCACUCUCGUUGGCCAGCGAAUUUUCGAGCCAGAAGCGCAACAGCACGCUGCUAUUGGAGGUAUGUCUCAAGAAAGUGGACGACCAAGAACGCCGCGUGUACGUGUGGGAGAAUGAGAGCUGGUCCAUGGGUAGCGGCUGGAAGUCCACCAACAACUCGGAGCGACAACAAUGGUCGUCGUACGACGACUCGGCCACGUCCGCUACUUUCUCGGAGGUGGCUCCACGUGCGCCCGUCAAUAUGACAGGAGCAGGCUGGCAGUACUGCUCCAACCGCGGAGACUCGCAGGGCUGGUCGUACGCCAAAACGUUUGCUGGCCCCUGGACGCCCAAUAAACCGGCGUUCAGCUUCGUACGACGUCGCUUAUGGGAGAAUACGUUCAAGCGUGAAAGUGACUGAAGGAAGAGUUGAUUGAAUGUAUAAGUGUUGCAUGCCGCUGCUAGCUGUAAGGCCAUCUAAGCAAUGUAUUUGCCGUUACUAA